ACUGGUCACAGGAGGAUUGUUUGAGCCCCAGGUUUGCCAAUCUAGUCUAGGAUUAAAGAAACAACUGACGGACCAACCACCCAAAGUGUUUCGUCUUGCGUCAGAAAAGUCACAAAUCAUGUAGCAGCAACGACCAUCGCGAAGCGAAUCGGCAGAGCUAAAGAGCACAUCCACUGUAUUUUUUCCUUUUUUCUGGCCUUUGGAAAUUUCUAGAGCACAAAAAGUGAAGAGCACAAAUGGGACAAAGAGCUAUUCUUCGCCUCUCUUGUGUCUGCUCAAGCAGUCAAGCUUGCCGGCUUGAUCCUCAAGCUAUAGCUUGCAUUGUGGCUGUGACUUCACCAGCACAAAUUCUCUGAAUCUUGGGUUCUUGUUUCUGAACAAACAUCCAUCAUCAGAUUACAUGCCGUCAUGGACAUAUCGCGAACAGUAUAUUGGAUUGCUGAUGCCGCCUGCCACCACUGAGCUUGAAUCGAAUGCAUGUGCCAGGACACUGAACUGGCGGCACCAUGGUGCCAUGAUGAUCUGCACAGUGCGGCAAAGUGAUCGGUCACUGUUCACAGAUGUCAGAGAUGCAAGGGGCAUGGUAGGCCAGCCCCAAAUGCAACCUUCUCUCCUUCCACUAAGCUAGUGACCAAGUUGAUGAUCGGAGCAGGACAGACAAAUCAUUCUACUUGCCAAUAAAAUUAGACGGCUACGAACAAAUCUUGGUCCCCCUAUAUAUACUGCCACCUCCCACAAAGAUACCAAUGCAAAGAUCAUCUUGAUCUGCAAAGGAAGAUCUUGUCGUAGCAUAUGCUAUGGCGUCUGAGGCUGAGAUCAAGAUAGGUCAGGUUGAUGACGUCCAGGAGCUGCACCGGGCGGGCCUGGAGACAGUGCCGGAUCGCUACAUCAGGGACGGGGACGACCGCCCGGGCGGCGACAACGUCUGCGCUCUCGCGCACAUCCCGGUGAUCGACGUCGGCGAGCUCACGCGCGACGACGAGCUGAACAAGCUCAGGCUCGCCUGCGAGGAGUGGGGUUUCUUCCAGGUUGUGAACCAUGGCAUCGAGGACGAGCUGCUGGACGAGAUGGAGAAGCUGGCGAGGGAGUUCUUCAUGCUGCCGCUGGAGGAGAAGGAGAAGUACCCCAUGGCGCCGGGAGGCAUCCAGGGCUACGGCCACGCCUUCGUCUUCUCCGAGGACCAGAAGCUGGACUGGUGCAACAUGCUGGCGCUGGGCGUGGAGCCGGCUUUCAUCCGGCAGCCCAAGCUUUGGCCGACGACCCCGGCCAAGUUCAAGGAGACCCUGGAGAAGUACUCCGUGGAGAUCAGGGGCCUGUGCCGGCGGCUGCUCGCCCACAUCGCCGAGACGCUGGGCCUGGCACCGGGCACGUUCGGCGACCUGUUCGGCGAGGCGGUGCAGGCGGUGCGGAUGAACUUCUACCCGCCGUGCCCGCGGCCGGAGCUGGUGCUGGGGCUGAGCGCGCACUCCGACGGGAGCGCGGUCACCGUGCUCCAGCAGGACAUGUCCUGCGCGGGCCUGCAGGUGAUCAAGGACGGCGCCUGGGUGCCCGUCCACCCCAUCCCGCACGCCCUCGUCAUCAACCUCGGCGACUCGCUCGAGGCAAGUGAAAUAGAUUCGCCUUGGUUUCUGUCUGGCGCUGCGAUGGGCAUCAGGGCAUGGCUGACUGACCAACAAGCUCUCGCUGCACACGCGCGUGCACAGGUUCUGACGAACGGCAGGUACAGGAGCGUGGAGCACCGGGCGGUGACGAACAGCGAGCAGGACCGGCUAUCGGUGGUGACGUUCUACGCGCCGGCCUACGACGUCGAGCUGGGCCCGCUGCCGGAGUUCGUCACCGACGAGGCGCCGUGCCGGUACCGGAGGUUCAACCACGGCGAGUACAGCCGCCACUAUGUCACCAGGCGGCUCGAGGGCAAGAAGACGCUCGAGUUCGCCAAGAUCAAUCAGAUCACUACCGCUGCUCCUGAAGAACUCUGUAGUUGCAAAUAGUUUGGUCAGGCUGCCUCUCUAGCUGUGCUUGGAAAUUGCAGACAGAUCAAGUCCUGAUGAGUGAUGAGCCAGAACUACCACUUCUCUUAGCACUCCAGAAGUAUGCAGUGCCGUAUGCCGUAUUCCCUUUCUUAUCUCAAAAGAAAAGUACUGUACGUAUGCAUGUGGUCUGUCUUGAAACUGUGCGACACGUGUUUGAUCUCCUACCAGCUAGUAUCAUUUGGUGAGAACAACAGAGCUACUAGUAGGCUAAAAGCAUGCAUCUUUUGGUUUAUGCUAUCAAAA